AUGGCUGAAGGACAACUGGUUGUUGUCACCUUACAUGCCAAUAAAUACGAUAAAGCAGAAAAAAUUGUGUUCCGUGAGUAUGGGUUGAUGAAGCGGCUUUUGGGCGAGGCUUCAUCAGGAGGUGUUUGCGAUGUAUCCGGUUUCGGAGGAGUGCGAAAUGGGCAAGAAGCGUUGGAAGAUAUUUAUUACGCUAUAUAUCGUGACGGUACAUUACGUGCCUGGAAUGCUGGGUUUGACGCUCACUACGCCCAAAAAGGUGGCCGCUCAAUUGAGUCAUCUUCGUUUGAUGCUCAAAAAGAAGGUGAACAAAGGUUCUUUUAUUCCCUCGGGUGCACUUGCGAUCAACUAGAACAGGCUGCUCGUGGCCCAAUAUGUGGGAUAUUGAAUUUCUGUGAGGACGGUCGGCACCAGUUUGGCCAAGGUGUAAGUACUUAUGCUAGCGGUGAAUUUGUCAACUGGCUGACGACAAUGUCUGACUCAUUUCGAGUCGCCGAUGAUAUGGGCCAACUGCGACUGCAAUUUAAACUGUUCCACAAACCGUUGUUUGAUUGGAAAGGUUCAUUCUUCGUUACACCAGUGGGUGUGAAAUGAUUAACGAUAUAGAAUGAUUUUUCGA